AUGGAUUUCGAGCGUCCGGAGUGUGGAUUACCUUGUUCAAGUAGUGUGCAAGCAUUUGCCAAUAAUCCUGCCCCUAUUCGUAAAAGACGAUUUAGCAGCGCAAAAAUCCAACCUACGCGAGUAAAAAAAGUAAUGCAAAAUGAUGAAGAAAUAGGGCGAAUGGUUGCAUCAGUUCCAGUCGCAGUUGGUCGGGCAAUGGAACAUUUUGCGGAAAAAUUGUUAGAAGCAUCAGCACUUAGUAUCCAGUCCUCAUCAUCUCGAACUCUUUCUCCGUGCCACAUGAAAGAGGCAAUGAUGCGCAUUCCACACUUUUCUUUCUUGGAACCAAUCAUGAGAGAAGUCCCUUUACCGGCUCGAGUUGGAAAUGAGGCUGCGUGGAACACCGAACUAAUUCCUCAACAGGCAGUGCCUGUUUUCAUAGCCCCAGGAAUUGUACAAAAUCCUGGGCCUUCAAUGGAUCUAGUUCCUGCGAUGUUACCGAUUCGGCCUAUGUCUGUAACUGCUCCUUUAUAUGUUCCAACAAAUUUUAGCAACUUCACAGGUGGUAAGCGAAAGCAGAAUAACGGUAAAACGAACCAAAACCCUGAAAUAAAGCCGAAACGUGGGCGUCCAAGAAAAAUAAAGAAAGGAGAGAAAUGUGUUGAUGACGGUGAAAUCUUGGUUUGUAAAGCAGUGAAGAUGGAUUUAUCCGAAACUGCUUCAUCAGAUAGGUCAAAUGGUGUUUUAACAUUAUCUGACAGUGAACUAAUGCCUCCUCCUGCCCUUCCUCCGUUGCGUUUGCAGUCGUCGAAAGGUGCAUAUAUGUCAGGAAUUAAAUUCUUCAAAGUAUUUAUAAUUGUCGAGAACUGUGGCGAAAAUUAA